UGAAAAUAAUAAUCAAAUACACAUACAUAAUGUAUUCGAGAAAAGAAUGAGAAACCUUACAAGAACUUUCAAUCUUCUGAUAGAUAACGAGCAAAAAUUAGAAAAUGUUACAUUUAAAAGCUUUGAUUCACUUAAUUUUGUAUUCGAACUUGAUGAACUAUUGUAUUACCUAGAAGUUGUCGAGGAAUCCAUUACAUUGGCGAGAAGCAGCAUCCCAAACAGUCGCAUCAUUCACGAACGGGAACUGGAAGCCAUACAAAGAAUCCUCAACGGCAAUGGCUUUGGACUUGACUCGGUUGACAGUAUUUUGAACAUCGCCAGUGCUUACGUAAUGUUCAACAAAGACACAUUCAUAUACAUACUGAAAAUACCCAGAAUCAAAAACGUACCGUACACACUCAGCUUCGUUGAACCAGUAAUUGCAGAAGGUUACCGCAUUCAUUUACCAAAACCAUUUUACCUGAAAGGGAAAACUUCAUUCAUCUCACAAAGCCCAUGUUCUAAGUUAAAAGCUCUCUUCGUGUGUUCCAAUACCAAUUUAGAACCACUCACAGAAUGUAUGCAACAACUAAUCUCCGGAGAGACAGCUGAUUGCCCCAUGGAACGAAUCUAUGGAGAUAAAACUAUACGAAAAGUUAACGAUGGCAAUAUUGUUAUUCACGGAGACAACAUCACCCUGAGGUCCAACUGUUCAACCACCCGAUUCCUUAGUGGAUCAUACCUCAUUCAGCAUUCAAACUGUACGUUAAACCUGGACGAUGAGGAGUACACAAGUACUAACCUGGAAAUACAACCGUUCACACCGGUUACCACAAUCAAGUCUUUGCACCGAACAUGCGAGAAGGAACCAAGGAAAAUAGCAGUUCAACCGAGGCGCAUCCUGAGUCGAGAAGCAUACCGCUUUUCCCGUAGCAAUAGAGGAAGCCGAGGACGGCUUCUAACUAGAAGGGGAGCCGUUAGCGAAACGUAGUCAUUCGCAUACACUGACACACCGGAUGGAUGGCGAUACUUACAUGCAUGGAUAACAUAGUGGAUGGCGUCAACCGCCGAGUCAGCAGAUUAAUAUUAUAAAAAGGUAGUGACCGCGUGGCUCGUUCUCUUUUUUCCUGAAGGCGUCUGAACAACUACCGGUGGUAGAGGUAUAGUGUAGUGAAUAAAGUGGUUGUAAAUUAGAAUUAAAGUUUUUAAAAAGUUGAAGAAGU